AUUUGUAACUAAGCACAUUCAUUUCCAUUGGUCAAGUUAGAACGAAGUACGUUAUUAUAAAAACCGGAGGAAAAGUGUCUUGUUUGCAGUUUAAAGUGUUUAUCUUUAUUGACGUGAUCAUGAUGAACGUUUCUAACUCAUCAAUAUAUUGAAAAUUAUUGACGGGUGACGGUUUUAUUCCGAAAGAACAUCCGCUCGCCAAUAUUGUCAGAAAAAUAUAUCUAUAGUGGAAGUUAAUGAAAACUAUUGAGAACCUAUCAGGAACGUACAAACAAGUUUUUUGUUUAGAUGGACGUAGUUGAGAAAGUGUAAUAAAUCAUCGAAGCAAUUGGAAGCAGAGAUAUUAUGAUUUAUUCAUGAAUUUAUCAAUUUAAAAUGAAUUUCGUAUGUUAUAUAUUGCAUAUUAUAUAAUGGAAAUAGAUUGAUUUUAUGCUUAUUGAAUAUUUUUCUAUUGAAAACAUUCAAACUGUUUGUAAAGGAAUUAAACAAGAGGUCUCUGUUAACCUGUUAUGUUAACAUUCGAAAGGGAGGUCCAAGGAAUAAAAUUGAUUAAAAUAUCGCAGUGGUGAUAUCUAGUCAUAUACAGAUAGUCAAUUUGUUUUUGUUUAAAAAAAAAUCGGCAGACAUUCAUUAAAAUCAUGUCAGAUCAACAGCAGAAAAUUAUGUCAGAUCAUAAACAGCAGAAAAUUAUGUCAGAUCAUAAACAGCAGAAAAUUGAGGAUGAAAAGGGGACCAAUCCAAGAUUGUGUCGGCCACCUCCACCAAUCGUUGGUAAAGUGACACACCAUAGUAUUGAGUUGUACUGGGAUGAAGCGAUCGAACAGGCAAUGGCCGGGGCGGUGAAGGGGGAGGGCAGAGUAAGGGUGUGUCUACAGGAGCAUGACAGAGACGGUGAAUGGGGAAAUCUUUACUCGGGCUAUGCAAAGCGGCACACAGUGUCCGGUUUGGACCCUCAGUCGGAAUAUAAGUACAGAAUGCGUAUGAUGAACAGUGCGGGCAACAGUGACUGGAGUGCUCAUGUUAAAGUCUCAACAACAAAAGAGCCAAUGAAUGGGGAGCAUCUACACAAGGCACUUAACAGACAGGAUCUGGAGAUGCUGGAAAAAAUAAUAGAAAGUGGAGAUGUAAAAAUAGAUGUUCCGGAUAAGUAUGGAUUCUCUCCCUUGAUGCAGGCAUCAGUGAAAGGUUAUGAGAGUUGUGUUGAGCUGUUAUUGAAACAUGGUGCUGAUGUUAAUCUUAGGAAUGAUGCCGGGAAAACAGCAUUAAUGCUGGCAUGUUACGCAGGACAGUUAGAAUGCGUGAAAAUUUUAAGAAAAUAUGGUGCAAAAUACGAUGAUUUUGAUAGAGGUGGAUCCGCCCCUAUACACUGGGCCGUCGAUGGUGGGUGUGUCAAACUUCUUGAUUGGAUGAUAGAAGAUGGAGCAGACGUAAAUCUCAGAGAUUUAAACUCAUUGUGGACGCCAUUAAUUAGAUGUGCAUCAGUGUCGGGUCAUCGUGACAUUGGUGUAUCGUUGUUACAGAAUCAUGCGGAUAUAAAUGCGCAGGAUAGGGACGGGAAGACGGCACUGAUGUUAUCUAUAUUAAAUGGCCAUCAAGCUCUUCUUGAGGUUUUACUAAAAAAGAACGCAGAUAUAAAAUUGAAAAAUGAGUAUGGUAAAACAGCAUAUGACAUGGCAGUUUCAAUAGAAAAAAGGAGAAUAUUGCGGACACUAACAGACCACAUGGAGGCGAAGGGGAUCAAGACCUAACACACGCAAAUUACGAUAAGACACAUUCCACGAUAAUUCUUAAUAAUCAUACAUUCCAGUUAACAUGUAUAUAUCAAGUAGCGCUUGUUCAUUUAGCAAACUUCCUACACAGUUGUUUGAUAUGUUAAUACAUUAUAUAAAGUCAACAAUUCAUAAUGAAUGGACAUAUCCAGUGAAAAAAGGUUGCCUGUGAGAAAAAGUAGAAUGAAUUUAAGACUAUACAUAUAUAGUUGUAUAUUUUCCUUCCACUUGUUUUUAGUAUUUUUUUUUGACAAAGUCAUUAAAAAAAGACCUUGAUUAUUAAUCAACCCAUAACCUGGAACCGAAGUGAUAGUUACAUGUACUUAAAACAAUUCCGUCCAGUAAUGAAGAUUGCUAUUUACAUGUACUUAAAACAAUUCCGUCCAGUAAUGAAGAUUGCUAUUUACAUGUACUUAAAACAAUUCCGUCCAGUAAUGAAGAUUGCUAUUUACAUGUACUUAAAACAAUUCCGUCCAGUAAUGAAGAUUGCUAUUUACAUGUACUUAAAACAAUUCCGUCCAGUAAUGAAGAUUGCUAUUUACAUGUACUUAAAACAAUUCCGUCCAGUAAUGAAGAUUGCUAUUUACAUGUACUUAAAACAAUUCCGUCCAGUAAUGAAGAUUGCUAUUUACAUGUACUUAAAACAAUUCCGUCCAGUAAUGAAGAUUGCUAUUUACAUGUACUUAAAACAAUUCCGUCCAGUUAUGAAGGUGGGUUGUUGUUUUUUUGCAAUAUAUCAAGAGCAAUAUUUACAUUUAUUUUAAAAUUUUCAUAAAAAAAUUGUUGUAAAUUAAUAUUGUACAUUAUAUUGUUAAAUGUUUGACUGAUAAUUAAAAUCUUAUUUUUUGGUCAUAAAAUUCAUCGUUGAUUUACUUAAAGCUGUUAAUGUAUUGCUUUGUAUAAACAAGUGUUAUUUAUACAGAUUUAGGAAAUCUUUAAAAAUCAAAUACCUCUGUAAGUUUGACUGCUUGAAAGAAAUAGUUGUAUCUAUUAGAAAAGAAGAGUUGAAGAAAGUGGGUGCUUUUGGGCUGUUCUAUCUAUACAAUUUUUUUUUUAAUUAUUAUAUUUCUACAAAUUUCCUAUUUUCACAUGAAUGUUAGUCACUAAGUGUUCAAGAGUUCAAAAACAGUUUCAUACAUUAUCUAUUUACAUAUUAUCUCUAUCAGAUUUGAGCCGCGCCACGACAAAACCAACAUAGUUGCAUUCGCGCAGUCUGAUCAGGAUCCAUGCUGUUCGCUAUCAAUUUCUCUACUUGUAAUAGAGUUGGUAAGCAAACAGCAUGGAUCAUGAUCAGACUGCGCGGAUGGGCAGGCUGGUCUGGAUCCAUGCUGGUCGCAAACGCACUAUGUUGGUUUUGUCGUGACGCGUCUCAUAUGUGCUUUUAUGUGUAAUUUGCUUGCGAUGAGGAUUUUUUUCUCCCAUAUUUCUUUUUGCAAAACAUAUGACCUCUAGAGCUUUUAAAUUCUUUAUUUGCAAUUAUAUUUAUAAUAUAUGUCUAAAUGAAAAAAGAAAUCUGCUUCAUGAUUACAACUCGAACCUUACAGACCCUCGGAAUACCCAUUCAGCAGCUUUGACCAUUGAGUUACAUUUUUGCUUUCACAUUUUCCCCCUUUUAUGGUGACAGUUGGAUACACUUCGCAGAAUACCGUAAUUAAAGAUUUCAAUCACAUAGAUCUUUUGAUUAUAUAAUAGUAUAGAUUUAUCUCACUCUUUGUGAUUAUUUUUUCAUAUUUAUCAAAAUAUUGUGUUAAAGCAGCACGCCUCCAGAUUCAUGCUAAUUUUCAUAAAAAAUUUGAAAAUGUAUUUGAAUGUGUAAUAUUGUGAAGUAACCAAAAGGAAGCAAUUUACACAUUAUCAAUGGCGCUUUAAAAAACUAAGUAAAUUACCAAAAAGUGGUUGAAAUAUGCAUAAAUAGCCCUAACUGCAUUAGUAACGCAGUAGAGACAUAGUUGUAAAUACUGAAAAAAUCAGUCAUUAAUCGCACAUUACAUGUUAAAUAUUACUUUAAUCUUGAAACUUACUUUUCCUAACUUUUUAGUACAUUUUUCUCAAGUUUGAUUUUAUUGAAAUAUUUUGACUCAUCUGGAGGCAUGUAGCUUUAAAGACACUUCAUAAUUUUUAUUCUUUACUAUAUAUUGUUAUAGAAUUGCAAAUUUUUUUAUCAAUUCUAGGAUUGUUAAUUGUAAUAGUAGGGGAUAUUUUUUAGAAAAUGUUGUUUUAGGAUAGGUACAGAUGUACCUGAACUGGUACGAGUUAUGGGGGAAUGUUUCGCUAGCGGUAGGUUGAAGACUGUUUGUUGUCAUCCAUUUUAUAGUAUAUUUAGUUUCUUUAACAGUUACAACAUCUUGCAUGACAAAGCAGUCAUUAAUGUUGUUCCUUCUAUUUUAAGUGAAUUGUUAAAGUUUUUCUAGCUCUUGGAACAUUGAAAAAUACUAAGGGAACAUUGAAAAAUACUAAGGAAAUACAGUCAUCUUUACCUAUUCAAAAACUUAUGUUGUCAUCUUUGUUUCAUAUAUUUAGUUGCUUUAACAGUUACGUCUGCUGGCAUGACAAAGCAAUCAUAAAUGUCAUUCCUUCUAUGUUAAAUGACAUAUUAAAUGUUUUUCUAGCUCUUGGAACAUUAAAAAAUACUAAAUACAUUUAUCCCUACCUAAUCAUAUUUAUCUUCAACAUCUCAAGAGAUAAUCAGGUUUUGUUUUUGUUUUUUUACGUCAACAACAAGGUCAGUGUCUUUUGAUGUCAUUUAUAAAAUGACAUUAAAGGUUGUUUUACUUAUGCUGCCAGUCAAAGUGAUGUUUGAACUGGAAUCUCCUUUUAAACAAAAAUACUGUACUAUUCUAAGUGAAUGAAUUCUUUAGAACAUCAAACUGCAAAAAAUUUCACAUUUGCAAAAACUGUCUUCAUCAAAAUUGUACUAAUGAGACGACUUGUUUAUGUUAUCAUCUCAACUUUUUGUCAUGAAAAAUUGUUACGAAUGUAUCCUGUAUAAGUGGGUUAUUCAGCGUGUCGAAGAGUUAGCAAAUUUGAAAUUCCCAACAAAUAUUAGCGAAUUGUGUAAGUGUAGAAUUUAAUGACAGGUUGGUUGAUAUUUACGGUAGGGGAAAUUUUAGCGUUUUCAUCAACUUGCAAAAUUCGCCAGUAUUUCUGCAUCGCUAACGUAAUGACUUAUAUCGUAUUGUAUAGAAGAGAUACAAGUGCAUAGUUUUUAUAUAUAUAUAUAAAUAAAGUAUAUAAAGUAUAUAUAUAUUUGGUAGAUAUAGAAAAUGUUGUAUGAAUGUGCCAAUGCUUUUAUUUUCCGACAAAAAAAAAUAUGGUUAUGGAUAUAGUUUUGGCAUUUUCUGUUUGUUUGUCUGUCUGUCUGUCAGUCCAUUUGUCUGUGCAUAUAUGUUGUCAGUCAAGAUCUAUAGCUUAGAAUUUCCCAGUUAAACUUAUAGUGCUCCUUAAUCAAUAUUAAGAAAAUGUGUCUUCUGCCAUUCUCUUUGUAUCUGCCAAGAAUUUCAAGAGUUAUUGCCCUUGAAUUGAUGGAAAAUUAUGUUUUUUGUAGGGAUUAUCAAGUCAUCAAAUUUGCUUGUUUUCACUUUAUUCUUUUAUCAGCAUGAAAAGUGGAAUACUUGCUUACCAUAACUUAGUGCAGUUGUUGUAGAAGGGGCAUAAUUCUGAAAGCUAUAAUUUAUUAUUUAGGUGUGCCCCUUUUUUAACUUAAAUUUUUUGGUCAAAUUUGGUUUCCCUUAACAGACGAGUGUUAACAUUGCAUGCAGUGCUCUUGUUUCUUUGAUACAAUAAAUUAAAGUCUAUUAAAAUUGAUUACAAUUGUCUGGAAAUUAAAGAUAAGAAGCAAAAAGUACACACGAUUCUUCUUCAGUAUCAUUAGUAUCAGAAUUGUUAGAUGUUUGUUUUAUUAUAUGUUUUUAUGAAUAAAUGUUAAAUUUUUAAUGUA